GACAUCAUCAAUCAUCUGCUCUGUUGGUUCUUCAGACAGAACGUCUCUCUUCCUGAUGUCUGUCUGUCUCGGUUCUGUGUCCCUGCUGUCCCCAUCCAGUCUGUCUCUGGUGUCCCCCCUGGUCCCCUGCAGCCCAUUGACCAGUAAAGCUUCCCAGUAAAGCUUCCCAGUAAAGCUGCCCCUCCCAGCAGUUUCCAUUGAGUCGGUGAGCAGCAGAAUCAGCAGCUCCUGAAGGGAACCGCUGACUCGGCAGAACCCUUUGGCGCCACGCCGAGCCCCGCCGUAUAAAUUGGGCCGUCCAACUUUUUCUCUGUUACACUGUGUGUGUGGUUGAGGGACAGGUUGGACCAGAAACAUGUCGCAGUACUCUGGAAAGAUCACCUUCUACGAGGGGCGGUGCUUCACCGGCAGGAAGCUGGAGGUCAGAGGUGACUGUGAUAACUUCCAGGACCGCGGCUUCAUGAACAGAGUGAACUCCAUCCGGGUGGAGAGCGGAGCCUGGAUCUGCUACGACCAUCCAGACUUCAGGGGGCAGCAGUACAUCCUGGAGCACGGAGAAUACCCAGAAUUCCAGAGGUGGAACUCCCACAACGACCACAUGGGGUCCUGCAAGCCCAUCCGCAUGCAUGGAGAGCACUACCGCAUCGAGCUGUUCGAGGCCUGCAACUUCUCCGGUCAGUGCAUGGACAUCUGUGACGACUGUCCCUUCCUGCAGAGCCGCGGCUUCUCCAAGAGCUGCAUCAACUCCGUCAGGGUUUACGGAGACGGAGCCUGGGUGAUGUACGAGGAGCCCAACUUCCGGGGCCGGAUGUACAUCGUGGAGCGCGGGAACUACUGCAGCCCGACGGAGUGGCAGGCCCAGAACCCAAACAUCCAGUCCAUCCGCAGAAUCGUCAACUACUUCUGAGCCUUCAUCCUCCUCCUCCUCUUCCUCAGCAGGCAGAUCAAUAAACUGAGAGGAAUCCAGUUUUUUAUCAAA